AUGUUAAACAAUAUCAUUGGAUUCACAAAGAAAGAAAAGAUAGGAUUAUUUGUCAGACAAGCUACUUUGGAUGAUGUUGAGGUUCUUACCAAUUUGAUUAAUUUCUCAUACAGAGGAACAAUCUCUACAGAUUCAGAUCGCAAUGCACCAUUGUCAUGGACCAACGAAACACAUUAUAUCGGUGGAAAACGAUUGGACAAUCAAUCACUGGCAAGAGAGAUUAAAAAGCAAUCCGAUGAUGUUAUGUUAUACUUUGUAUUGGAGUUGAGAAAUAGCAAUAAUAAUAUCGAUACAAGUGAAAAAGAUGGUGCAACCGGCAAUAAUAAUAAUAGUAAAAAUAAACCAAUUGCCAGUAUAAGAAUAGAUAGAGAUAAUGAUAUAGCUUAUAUUGGUACUUUCAGUGUUGAUAGUAAACUACAAAGUGAUGGUGUCGGUGGUGUAUUGAUGCGAUUUGCAGAGCUCUAUAUCAAAGCCAAUUGGAUUCAAGUUAAGGAAAUCGUAUUGUACGUCGUAUCGAUUCGGUAUGAACUACUCAAGUGGUAUCAGAACAUUGGAUAUACAUUAACUAGUGAAACCAGGCCAUUCUUCAACCCAGAUCAUGACAGUGUACCAUUCGUUGAUGGCAUUGUAUUUUCUAAACUUACCAAAAAUAUGUUGUCAGUAGUUGGAAUCUCAAGUGACGAAAUUCCAAAAGAUCACUCAAUUCUUGAUCAAUCCGAAUAUGACAUCGAUAACUUUAAAUAA